UAAAAAAUUUAUCAACGAACCAGGAUAUUUUUGCUGUCAAAAAAAUUAAAAUAAAGAACUACUCCAGCUCUCUUUCAGCGUUGUUAUUUCUCAAUGAAAAUAUAUCCUUUUCUCUUGCACUCACGUUCCCAUGAAAACGCCUAAAAUUUUCUUCUCAUGUCACUUCAAAACACAGAGAGGACGAAAUGAACGACGACGUUUUCCUAUGACUUGACACAAGCACACAUCACACAAGUUCGCUGCAGCGGCAUUAGUGGUAGUUUUAUUGCCGAAAAUUCUACCAAAAGGACUAUCUGCAGGAUAUUCGUUUGCAGAAGUGUUAAAUCUGAAAAUAUUUUCUUUCUUUUUUCCUUGUGUAUAUAGUUAUUUUGUCUGAUUAGUGUUUUCUAUUAACUAUUCUGCGUUAACUCAAAAAUAAAGAAAAGUUUCCAAUUGGAAUAUCCUCAGUUAAAGUGGAUUCCUUGGGAAAAAAAGAAAAUCCUAUACAAUAUCCCUGGGAUGAGUUUCUAUUGAAAAAGUGUGAAAAAUGAUUGUAAUGUCUGUGUGUGUGAGUCUGUUUUUUUCACUAGUACCAAAAGUGAAUGGAUAAAAUCAUAAAAAAAAGCAGUGAAAAAAAUAUAAUACCUAAAAUAAAACCCGGCUCAUCAUCACACAUCCCUCCGGAAAGUCAAUAUGUUCAAAAAUAAAAACGAAAGCAAUAUCGUUUAUAAGUGCACGGUACGACUUCUUGAGGACUCCGAUGUCCUCGAGUGUGAGUUUCAGCCAUUCCACAAGGGCAGCUUUCUUAUAGAAUAUUUAUGCGAUCAACUUGAGAUUAAGGAAAAGGAUUACUUCGGCCUGAGAUAUGUGGAUACCGGGAAACAGAGGCAUUGGCUUGAUUUGGCUAAGUCGAUUAUUAAACAAGUAAAGGAUAUCGACCCGAUUUUAUUCUCCUUUCGUGUCAAAUUUUACCCAGCCGACCCGUUUCGACUGACUGGUAGUGGUCGUCUUAUGUUAUACCAGCAACUGAAGCGUGACUUAAGACAUGGACGACUUUAUUGUUCCAUGGGUGAAGCUGCGGCGUUAGGAGCUCUUAUUGUCCAAGAGGAACUUGGCGAUUAUGAUAAUGAACUCAUGGUUGGGGACUAUGUUUCAUCAAUGCAUCUAGCCCUUCGGCAAACAGAUGCACUCGAAAAGAAAGUUAUGGAAUUGCAUCGAAAACGUGAACCAGGCCAAGAUUCAUCUGUGGCAAUGGAUGAAUUCAUGGGCAUUGCCAGAGGUCUAGAAACCUACGGUAUAGACCCACAUCCGGUUAAGGAUCAUCGUGGGUCACAGCUGUACAUAGGUAUAAAUCACUCGGGUAUUAGUACAUUUAUAUCCGGGAAGAGAUCACAACAUUUUCGAUGGAAUGAAGUGCACAAAAUAAAUUUUGAAGGCAAAAUGUUUAUAGCACACUUAAGUUACACAGAUGCCAGUAGAGAACCGAAAAAACACACAAUAGGAUUUAAGUGUCCAUCAGGACCAGCUUGCAGAUAUGUCUGGCGAUGCGCUAUUGAACAAAUGUUAUUUUUUACACUUCCAAAUAGCCAAAAUGCCUCGGUGGUUUCCGGUGGUGGAUUCUUUUCAUGGGGCACGAAAUUCAAAUACACUGGUCGUACGGAACGUGAAAUUCUUACCGAGAGCAUCAAUGCCCUGCGUGAACAAAAGAUGACUAAUUCAACGGCGAGCAAGCGAAAGGCCAGUAGUGUCCCUGCAACACCGUCCAGUCCGCAAGGCGACCUCGCACAAAUCCGUAAACUAUUACGUAACUCCUAUAUUUCGAGCGAUUAUAAAUUCCCCUAUUCCCCCCGUAUCAUUGAUACAGGCUAUAGCAGUUUACCGCGUUCAACAAUGUCUGAACCGUUGGGCAACUGUACUAUGGCCGCGACCACAGAUCAUUUAGGUAAUAUAAUCUACGGCCCGAUAACACAUGAUGGCAUUCAAAUACCACCCAGUUUGGAGCCCGUCUCUGAGGAGGCACGCCUUCGCAGUGGCUCAAAUUUGGACAGUAUAAAUGGAGGUGUUGGAGCACCCGACCUUCCCGACUAUUACUUCCGUGAUUCGGUUGAACAUUCAUCGACAGAGAGCGGUCUGACGAAUCCUUAUGCAGAUCCCAGUCAUCAGCGUCUGCAUCAUCAUACAACGAAUAAACAGCAUAUGCUGUAUGCCGGAGGUGGUAAGCAAUAUACUUUACCAAAUUCCGUCAUCAACUCCAGUACUUCCAACAACAAUAAUACCAGUAGCAAUACAACUAAUCACGAACAAAUGCGCCAACAUGUCACAAACAGUGCGAGAAAUGUACGAAAAUUUAAGCUCUUGCAUGCAUUUAUACCGUCGUUUAUAUUUGUUGUCGUCACAAUGGCAAUAUCGGCUGUGUUGAUAUUAGAAUCAGAAUCAGAAGUUUUUGAACGCAUACGCAAUCUACCUGAGAUGAUAAGCCUAAGAUAUCAAUACUAUCAGCCAUUAAAGGAGUUUUUUGUACGAACUCUCGGUCGGAAAUCAUAAGAGCAGGUAGAUUCUUUGUUGAGUUUGUUUACAAUUGUUUAAUUUUUGUUUUUACUAUAUUACUUAUAUUUUUUUAUGUUUGAAAUUGAGCCAAAGAUUCACGCUAGGACUUCACUCAAAAUGGAUAUCUAAUUGGUGUAAAGAUUACAUGAAAAAUAAGAAAAUGUUUUUUUUUUUCAUUGGUCGCCAUUCAAACAAAAAUUGUAUUAUUGUAUUCCUACCAUUAUUUAUAAGAUAUGAGUUAUGAAACGAGUGCAGAUCAAAAAAUUCUCAUCAAAUUGACUAUACUUGGACUUUUGAGAAAGUCUAUAUCAUCAGUUGAGCGACAUGCUUUUGUAUCAUUUCAAAUUGAAAUACACGAUAUACCUCUCUUUAAAAGUGUUAACCAUCCAAUGAAUUUCUCGACAUCAUUUAACGUAGAUCUAAGAUUGGGUGUUUUUUUUUCACCAACCACCAUUAAGUUUUCAAUACCACUCAGAGUUAGCUUUGUCAAUUUGGUUAUACUCCUUUCGUACAUACUUGUUUCUUUGGGUUCUCCUUUCCAAAUGAAAUAGAAUCUUCCCUAAUCUUCAAAUUUUUCAAAACAUUCCGGAAAGCCUACGUGGUUUUUAGACGAGUGUACGCAAGUUUUGAACAAAACAUAUUUUUUAUUUUUCUUAAUACUGAAAAAACGUGACACUCUUAGCUUAUGUCAAAAAACCCAUCGUGCAAGAAUAUAGGAGCUUCUACCAUUAAAAAACAAUUUCGAAUUCAAGAAAUUAAUACUUUUCCAAGCUCCUUUUUGUUUGGCAUUGCCUCAGUUGUUUUUCUGAGCUUAAAUAUGACCUAUCCUUCCCCUGAGAUAACAGGAUAACCCAUCAUUGGUUAGGGAUGAUUAAUUUUUGGAAUAGUGAACUCUACUUUGUUCUGCUCGCCUAUUCUAAAACGCUUAAAACCUCUCAAAGCUUUGGAAUAACAAUUUCGUUGAUAUAAAACUGUCUGGAGUGGCCAUUAGCAUUUUUUUGUACAAGACAGAACAUUGAUUUUGCUCAUAAGACUAAAAUAUGCAUUUAAAAAUAUUUUGCACUCUUUUAUUUUUGAGAUAUAUCGGUUAUCCAAACCAUACAAAGCAUUGGAAAAAAAUUGCGCGUUGGAGAAUAUAGGACCAGACCAAAGCAGAGUUCACUGUUCCAAAAUUCAUCAUCCCAUCGGUAACCAAGAAAAUCGCUAGUUGAGCCACAAAUCAAUUACGAAUAACGGAAUAAAUCCAUGAUGAAUAUCUCGUACAACGUCUUCUUUAUUUUAAAUAAAAUUUUCUUUUUUUCAAAGAACAAAGCCAACCUAAGAACGUUAUUUUGAUUUUCUUCAAUCUAACUUCUGACAUCCUUGGGUCCAUAGAUUUUUUCUGUUUAUAGAGAUUUUUUUUUUUUUAUUAACUGAUUCGAAUAGGCAUUAUAAGUUUGAAGUAUGUAUUACUAGAUUCUUUGAAGUUUAUUUAAAAAAUGCUGCAUAUAUGUUUCUUUUGUUUAAGCUUGUUGCAUUUCUAUUUUUUAAACAAUUUUCAAAAAAAAACAUAAAUCGGCACAGAAAUAUUAUGUUACAUGCUAUUUCAUUUGCAAUUUCACAAAGAAGCAAUUAAAUGUAUUUAAAGCAAUUAAAAAAUGGCUAGUAAGUUAGCAAGUAAAACUGUUAGCACAAGUUAAAUUUCCUUUUUUUUUUAAUGCUUAAUCUUGUUGGAUAUACAUAUUUUAUAAAUUUUAUGAGAAAAACAGAUAAUCCAUAAUAUUUUCUAACAAAAAUCAGGUACAUUAUGUAUUUUGCAUUCUCUUGAAAUCCGAAUCUUCAUAGCAAUAUUUUGAUCCCCACCUGGAGUGAGCAAAUUUCAUGUGUUAUUUUGGCUUAUAAAUAUAAAUAACGAACUCUACAUAAUAUAUAUAAUUAGUUUAUAUUAGUAAACAAAUAUAUACUCAAUACGGUAAAGAGCAAUCACAAAAUUUGAAUUUUUAAUAUAAAAACAAUUUGGUGCAUAUUAAUAUUAAAAAAAGUAGGAAUAAAAUAAAGAAAAAAAUAUUAAAUUAAAUGCAUUGUCAAUUUAAAGGGAUAACCCACACCCAAUUGUAACAUGUGACUUAAUUAGUUUUAAUUUUUUAGCUAAAUUAAAUAAAAUAAAUUAUAAUUGUAUUAGAGCACCAAACUUCUUUUUAUAACAGAUACAUUAAUUGCAAUUAUUUUGUAUUUAAAUUUAUUUUCAACUGUGCUCUACGUUAAAUCUUUUUAUGUUAUGUUUGGCUAAAUUUCAUUCAAAACUUCCUACCGAAAUCUUAUCAAAUACUAACACUUCUUUUCCACAUAAACAAAAAUAAAAACAACUCAAAAAUCAUAAACAUAUUAUGAAAUACAUAAAAAAAAGUCCAACCCAAAAACUGGGACCAUAAAGUUUGUUAUAAAAAAUAAAAAAAAAAAACAACAAAAGAAUAAUUAAAUUAAAAAAAUAUAUACUGAACUUUACUUAUCACUAAAAACAUAUAGACAAGAUAACAAAAAAAAAUGAAAAUUUAAGCAAAAACUUCAAAAUAAAUAAUUUAUAUUUUACUUUUCUCUCAAAUCUUUCUAUCUCACAUUUUCUCUAAUAAAAACAAAAAUAUAAAAAAAAAAACAUAACGAAAAAUAGUUUCAAUACAAAAUGGUAUAAAAUAAUAAACCUAUAGCCAUUAAAAUAAUAAUAUUUAAUUUUUUUUUAAUAAUCUUUUAGUUAGGCAUUAAUGCAUGAUAAUAUAAUUAUUAUUAUAUUACCUACACAUAGAAUAACAAUAGAUAUAUAUUUAUAUAAAUUUUCUUGGAUAUAACGGACAAUGACUGACCGUUGAGACUUUUUUGUAGUAUGAAGAGAUACUUAAAACUAAUAGUAUGUAGUUAUUUAAACUAAAUAUACAAAUAUUAUUUGUUUUUGGUUUAAUUUCCACAUUAAAGUUGGUUCUUUUUUUUUUGUCUUUCUCAAAAAUUAUUAAACAAUUUUAACAAUGUUUUGAAAUGCAUUUGAAGAAAAGUAUCCAAGGAGUUUCUGCGGAAGGCUUACAUUAAUAUUUUUUAUACCUAUUGUUUUUCAUUCAUUUUUAUGAUUACUUAACCAAAAUUAAUUGUGUGGUAAAUAACCAAUUCAUUUUCAUAAUCUUGUUCCAAAUUUAGCACAAUUUUUUGAACCAAAUCUAAAGGAAUAUAAAGAAUGUAAAAAUUCAAUGUAAAUGUAAAACACUUCUUAACACCUAUCCACUUCCACCUUCUCUUUUUUUUUCAUUGAUGGGUUUUUUAUUACAUAUGCAGAAGUGGUUGUGUAGUAUCCAUCGGUUAUAUUGAUACCCUAUUCUUUAUGAUCGAUUAGCAAAAUCCGGGUACGCAACUAUCGGUCUCAUAUCGUUGAUUUGAUUUUCGUUUGCGCUUCUUUCAUUGCUCUCAAGCUAGCUUUCAAUUUAAAUUUGAAUGGAAAAUUUUAAAACUUGUUUUCAAAAAUCUCCAAGACUCUCUUACAGGCAUAUAGUUAAAAUUAUUAUUAUUAUUAUAUUUUAUUGCAUCGAUAAAGAAGCUAAGAGCAUGUUUAUAUAAAUCUUUAAUUUCUUAAAUUAAAAAUUUUUUUAUUUAUUUAUAUUCAAGUUUAUCUGAAGAAACUCCUUUUUUACUGCUAUAUACACCUUUCAGACAAGCUUGCCCCACCUAAUCACACACUAACCAUCUUUCAUAAUAAAAAUCCACCUCUUCUCUCAUAACCUAAACUAUCCAUAUGUAUGCAUUACUCGUAUACAUAAACAUUUUUUUUAACUUAAACAAUGCAUAAUUACAAUUUAGUUUAAUUCAUAAAACAUUGUUGUUGUAAGGCAACAUCAACCACAAAAAAUAAUAAAUAUUCUAUUCAAUCAUUGAAAUUUUUUCUUGCACAAUCUCUAUGUAUACGCCUGCUAUACUCGAAUCAUUAAAUUAAAAUACACUACAAUCAUAUAACAAAAACAAAAUAAACAACAAAAAAUAUAUUUAAAUUAAAACAUAUUUAUUAAAAUUUAAAUUUUAAUUACAAUUAAUUAUAAUCGUAUAUUAUAUUUUAAGACAAUUAUUAAAACCAUAGCACAGACACAACAAACAAAACUAUUUU